ACGUGACUAUAUAUAUCUAUGUAUGUAUUAGUUUGAGGUGCAUAAGAUAGAAGAUGAUUCAUAAUUGGUAUUUCAAAAGAAAUUCUACAAUGCCUGUCUCAGGAGGGCAUAGUACAGAGUUUAUUAUUUUUUACGCUAAACCAAAAAAAGCGAAACUUUGAACUUUGUACCUACUCAGAAUGAUUGCUUGCCACUAGUAUUUCACGUUUAGCUCAAAUUAACUUGUAAAGAUAUAGCCUUGGAUUUUAUGAAUAAGAAGAUAUCCAUUUUAUUUUUUUAUGUUUCCAGUAACAUUAAAGUUUAUUAGAAACAUAUAAAAUACAUGAUAUAGCAUAAACAUACAUAUAGGUACCUACCUAAUCAUGUCUAUAUCCGUUGGGGGGUAAACAAAGCCAAAAGUUUCAAUAAAUAAGACCACGUUCAGCUGCUUGGCUUAAUGAUAGAAUUGAUUUACAAAUAGUGACAGGUUGCUAGCUCAUGAAUCCGAAGUUUAUAAGCCUAUCCCUUAAUCGCCUUUAAUGUUAAUGUCCUAGGUAAUUAUUUGGUAGCUUAUUAACUUGAUCUUUAGCCAAUCUUAAAAAUGUGUGAUUUAUGACUAAUGUAUUUGCCCCCUAUAUAAAGGUAUAGUUAUUUAUUUAAUCUACCUCUUUAUUGUAAUGUAUAUAAUCAUCAAGAACAUACAUACAUAUGGUCACGUCUAUGUCCCUUGCAGGAUAGACAGAAAAGACUGAAUGGCCACGUCAGCUAUUUGGCUUAAUGAUAGAAUUGAGAUUCAAAUAGUGACAGGUUGCUAGCCCAUCGCCUAAAAAGAAUCCCAAGUUUGUAAGCCUAUCCCUUAGUCGCCUUUUACGAUAUCCACGGGAAAGAGAUGGAGUGGUCCUAUUCUUUUUUGUAUUGGUGCCGCGAACCACACGGCACCAAGAACAUUGAUUAUUAAUUACAAACAGUAAAAGUAAAAUUCUAACGCUUUCUAAAUUACUGUAUUGCUUAACCCGUCAUGCAAGACUGGUCCAGUACGUAUGAGGUCCACCUAAGUAACAUAAUAAGGCGAGAUGUAAAUCAAACAGUGCAAAGUUUAAUACGUGAACAUUGGACUAUUGUUAUCUCAACAAUAAAAUAUAUCAACACCAGUUUACUGUCGGUAUUGUCAUAAUAACUGUGUUAGUGGAAGCCUCCAACAUGAUAGGACAAAAAGUGAACGAAGAUUUAGUCAAAGAAAGAAAUAAGUGCACAUUUGAUGUGGAAGAAUUGAUACAUUUUGUGGAUGGAGGCAAAGAGAAUACGGUGCAAAGAAGGGAACUGGAGGAAAGACUUUUUUCCAAUAAGGAUUUAAAAGAUGAUGUACCAGUAGACUAUUUGAGCCACAAGGAAAAGUAUGAAAAUGCCGUCAAGAAAGCCUGUAUCGUAACUGAAAUUAUAAACGAGCAUCGGAAACAAUAUCCAUAUAAUAUUUUGAAGCUCAAUAACGUGUAUAGACCAGCAACUGUUGGAGUCCUCAAGAAUGUAUCACCGUUUUUGCUCCAUAACGGCAUGUUCGUCCCUACUAUCAUGGGCCAAGGCACGCCGGAACAGCAGGAGGAAUGGCUGCCCAAAGCCACGGCUAUGAAAGUCAUUGGUACAUACGCGCAGACUGAGUUAGGACACGGAACGUUCUUGAGAGGUCUGGAGACCACGGCGACUUAUGAUCCAACGACAGAAGAAUUUGUAAUAAACACUCCCACGCUGACUGCUUACAAAUGGUGGCCAGGAGGAUUGGCCCACACGACCAAUUACUGCAUCGUCGUUGCCCAACUUUACAUCAAAGACAAGUGUCUAGGAGUCCAUCCGUUCAUUGUCCAGCUUCGAGAUUUAGAAACGCACCAGCCUUUGCCCGGUAUUAAAUUGGGGGAGAUCGGACCCAAACUGGGAUUUCAGACGGCCAACAACGGGUUCCUGGCUUUUGACAAUGUGAGGAUACCGAGGAAGAAUAUGCUGAUGAAGAAUUCGCAAGUCCUGAAGGAUGGCACAUUCGUAAAAUCUCAGAACGACAAGCUUACGUACGGCACGAUGGUGAUGGUCAGGGUGACCAUCGUCAGAGACGCCGCCUACUGCCUGGCCUCGGCCUCCACCAUCGCCGUGCGAUAUGCGGCCGUCAGGCACCAAUCACAGCCCAAACCCAACGAACCAGAACCGCAGAUAUUGGAUUAUUUGACACAACAGCACAAACUUUUCAUUCACAUCGCGACCAGCCACGCUUUCAGAAUCGUCGGCGACUGGCUGUGGGACACCUUCGUCCAGGUCAACUUGGACAUGAGGAAAGGGAACAUGGACCAAUUGCCGGAGUUACAUGCUUUGGCCUGCUGUCUGAAAGCAGUUUCAAGUCUCGACGCGUCUCUAGGAGUGGAACAGUGUCGUUUAGCUUGUGGUGGCCAUGGAUACAUGGCGUCUUCCAACUUCCCGGUUUUAUACGGUCUCAUAACUGCCUCUGUGACUUAUGAGGGGGAGCAUACUGUGCUGUUAUUGCAGACUGCUAGAUAUUUAGUCAAAGCAUGGAAGCAGACAUUGGAAGGAAAAGCUAUGACCCCCACGGUAUCCUAUCUCCUGGACUAUUUCAAAUCUAACAGGAAUCAAUGGGAGAAUACUCCGCAACGCAUCGUAAUAGGUUUCCAAGAAGUUGCAGCUGGGAAAACAAAAGCGGCUUGUGAAACAAUAGAGAAGUAUGUGAACGCCGGCAAUGAUUAUGAAGACGCUUGGAAUUUGGCUUCAGUACAACUUGUCAGUGCUAGUGAGGCUCAUUGCAGGGCGAUCAUUUGUAAUAUCUUCCUGAGUGAAAUUCAACGUCUCUCGACAACUUUUUCACAGAAUUUGGCAAUAGUAAUGCAGCAAUUAGUAGAGUUAUACUUGGUUUACUGGACUCUGCAAAAGACUGGUGACUUGUUGGAGUAUUCAUCUAUUUCCAAAGCGGAUAUUGCCGUUUUGAGGAAUAGGUAUGAAGAAUUAUUGACACUCAUCAGACCCAAUGCUGUGGGCCUCGUCGACGGGUUCGGCAUUAGAGAUGAGACGUUAGGGUCAGCCCUGGGUUCGUACGACGGUCGUGUGUAUGAGAGACUGAUGGAAGAGGCUCUGAAGAGUCCGCUCAACGCGCAGCCCGUCAACGAUAGCUUCCACAAGUAUCUCAAGCCUUUCAUGUCAAAGGCAAAACUGUGAUUAUGUGAUAUAAAAUGUUGUUUACUUUUUCAAUAAAAUAUUAUUUUGAACAUUAA